UCCAAAAUAGAGGACAGGAGGGACAGAGCCGACAUGGCGUCGCUGAGGUGCUUUCUCCGCUCUGGAAAGAAUGCCGUUUCGGCCGUUCUCCGGAGGGAGUUUCACAAGUCUUCGCCGGCUGCUGUGCAGGUGACGGUUAGAGAUGCGCUCAACCAGGCGAUGGAUGAGGAGCUGGAGAGGGAUGAGCGCGUGUUCCUGCUUGGAGAAGAAGUUGCACAGUAUGAUGGUGCCUACAAGGUGAGCAGAGGACUCUGGAAGAAGUAUGGAGAUAAACGCAUCAUUGACACACCCAUUACAGAGAUGGGUUUUGCAGGUAUUGCUGUAGGUGCUGCCAUGGCUGGUCUUAGGCCCAUCUGUGAAUUCAUGACUUUCAACUUCUCCAUGCAAGCCAUUGACCAGGUCAUCAACUCUGCAGCAAAGACAUACUAUAUGUCCGCUGGUCUGCAGCCUGUCCCGAUCGUGUUUCGUGGGCCCAACGGUGCUUCUGCAGGUGUUGCGGCCCAGCACUCCCAGUGCUUUGCAGCCUGGUAUGGACAUUGCCCUGGUCUGAAGGUUGUAAGCCCUUGGAAUUCGGAGGACGCCAGGGGUCUUCUGAAAUCAGCCAUUCGAGACGACAACCCAGUGGUGGUGUUGGAAAAUGAAUUGAUGUAUGGAGUGGCCUUUGAGAUGUCUGAACAAGCCCUGUCGAAAGACUUCACCAUCCCCAUUGGAAAGGCGAAGGUCGAAAGACAAGGAAACCACAUCACACUUGUGUCGCAUUCCCGAAUGGUUAGUCAUUGUCUUGAUGCUGCUGCUGUUUUGGCCAAAGAGGGUAUUGAAUGUGAGGUUAUCAACCUCCGCACCAUCAGACCGCUUGAUGUGGAGACAAUUGAAGCCAGCGUGAUGAAAACCAACCACCUGAUAACUGUGGAGGGAGGCUGGCCCCAGUUUGGUGUCGGGGCUGAGAUUUGUGCCAGAAUUAUGGAGGGUCCAGCAUUCAACUACCUAGAUGCCCCCGCUAUCAGAGUGACUGGAGUGGACAUCCCAAUGCCGUAUGCCAAGAUUCUGGAAGACAACAGCUUACCGCAAAUCAAGGAUAUCAUCUUUUCAGUCAAAAAGACAUUAAAUGUGUAAUAUCAUAGCUUGUAAAACACUUUUUCCACUCAACCCUUUCAAGAAAUACGGCCCAACAAGCACCUGAUGUUCCUCGUCUACCAAGUUGUACCUGGAGAGGAUAUAAGUGUAGUUCAGAGUCUCAAAUGUACAGCGGUCUUUCUGUUACAAGCUGGGUCUCAGCUGAUCCAUCAAUGAUGGGCACCACCCUGUAUUUGGGAAAUGAAUUCUUAUAUCUCACAAGAUAAGAUGGUUUGUUUUGGGAUAUUUAUUAUGGAUGGGUGAGUAAUAUUGUGCAUUAAUCUGCAAAAUAUAAAUACAACUGAAAACAUUUUA